AUGUUACAGUUUGUAUUAAUAAUAUUAUUAUUCAUACCAAUCGUUGUUCAAUCUAAAGGUGUAUGGUCUUAUGAAAAUACCAAACAAUGGAUACGUGGAAAUCCCUAUUGCGGUGGUAAAUUACAAUCACCAAUUGAUCUUCGAUUUAAUAUAUCACAUUAUGAUCGUCGUCUGAAACAAAUGUAUUUAGAAGAACGAUAUCCUAGAGAACCAGCCGAACUUUUCAAUAGUGGUCAUACAGUACAACUCAAUAUGAGAAAUCAUUAUGUAUUAAAAAAUGUUGCGCCUGAAAGUGAAGAUUAUAAAGUUGAACAAAUUCAUUUUCAUUGGGGUCAUUCAAAUGAUGAUAUUAAUGGAUCAGAACAUUUACAUGAAGGACGACCAUAUCCACUUGAAAUGCAUAUGGUUACUUAUUCGAACUGGUAUUCAGAUAUUCGUCAAGCUAUGUCUAAUACACGUAGUCUUGCUGUUGUUGGUGUUUUCUUUGAAGUUAGUGAUGAACCGAACCCAUUACUUCAACCACUAAUUGAUGCAUUAAUCCAUGUUAAAGGUCAAAAUGAAAAAACUUCUGUUAGUGAAGAAUUUAGUUUGAAAGCAUUAAUUGGUGAAGAACGUAUGAGUCGUUAUUAUCGUUAUGAUGGUUCAUUAACAACACCACCUUGUUAUGAAUCAGUUAUAUGGAGUGUUUUAUUAGACCCAUUGAAAUUAUCGUUUCAACAACUUCAUGCUUUUAGAUAUUUACAUGAUGAAAAAGCUCAUUUAAUGAAAAAUGUGUAUCGACCAAUACAAUCACUUGGUACAAGAAAAUUAUUUCGCAGUUUUCUUUCAAAAGAUUUUAAUGAUGAUUUACAACAACGACAGUUAAUAGCAAAAAAUCAUGGGCAAUAUUUAACAAAUAAUAUGAAAUUAAUAGUCAUCUUAACUAGUUUAUUAAUGAUUGUGCUCUAA